GAGGGAUCAAAUCAGUCAGAGCUCGUGAAUCAACUUGGAAGAUGCAUUUCUUCAGUUUUUCAUUUGCUUUGCUGUUUUGCGGCUUGGUUCUGGCCCAGGAUGAGGGCGGUAGUACUGGAACAGAAGGAAAUGUUGAAGUACAGUCAUGCUUUCCUGACAUGUGUAAUCUCCUGAAAGAGUUCGGUGCCAUGACAGAAAAACUUAAAGCUAUGGAAACCAGGCUGAAGGACAGUGAAAACCAGACUCUGGAACUGAAGAACAAAGAAAGAACCAAGGUGAUGUUCAGUGCAGUAGUCGGGGGAGUAGGAGCCCUCGGACCCUUCAACACAGACACAACUUUAAUCUACAGAACAGUGAUUACCAAUAUUGGUAAUGCCUACAAUCAACACACAGGUAUCUUCGUCGCACCGGUUGCAGGUGUUUACUAUUUUACCAUCUUCUCUCAUGCUGGAGGAGCACACCCGGUAAAAAUGUACCUGUUCAAGAAUGAUGAACAAAUAAUCACGAUCCAGGACCACCGGUCAGAUUUUGACACAGCUGAUAAUGGAGGAAACGCAGUGUUCCUGCAGCUGCAGCAGGGAAACCAAGUGUUCGUGAAACUUGCUGCAAACUGUCAUGUUUGGGGAAAAAAUUAUCACACAACUUUCAGUGGUUUCCUGGUUUCACAAAUGUAAAAGAACUGAUGCUUUGUUUGCUUUUUUCACUACUGCUUGAAGACGAAUGUUACGAUCUGAGAUCAUUACUUAAAUGCAUCUGUUAUUAUUGUAUUUCAAAAGCUGAUGAAGCAGAAAUAAUCUGAAAAUGGAUCAGUUCUUUAUAUGCAAUGCUUCAUUUACCAAUUUAACAGUUACGUUGAAAACGAUGAAUUAAAGUAUAUAUGGUUGCUCCCAUUAGAUUGUUUGCUUGUUGAGCUUAUCACUUGUUUGAUGGUGUUUUGUGUUUUCUAUGAGGCUCUUUGGAUUUCCACGUUGUUGAAAGGUGCCUGUUACGACCCUAGACCUCAUAAAUGUUUCUAUCAUUUGUCUCUGUUUCAAUAACAAUCUGUGUAAUUGAGAUUCUGGUUGGUUGCAGGUGUGUUUGAGUCAUUUCAGGUUGUCCAGGGAGCUGAUUGGAUCCUUCCUUGAAGCCAAGAGUUCAAGGGCCGGCUCCUCCCAGUUCCUGUGGUCUGUCCUCUGUCAGCCAGACUGCCAGCAUGUUUGAUUGUGUACAAGAUGUUUUUUUUUUUUAAUAAAACCAUUUAAGGAGACUUUGCUGCUGGUGGUGUUUGGAGGAUGGGAGGAGGGGAGUCUCAUUUUCAUGUUGUGCCAGGGUUUCCCCUAGACCCCGGGAGUAACAGUGCCCUACUAAUGAACUGGCCCUGUAAGAUUUGAAAAACAAAGACGUUUUUAACCUUUGAGCCCAACAGUAAAGAUUGAUGAGAGCAAUUUUGGCAGUAAAUGUAUUAGUAUUUCCUCAUUGCUAAUCCGCUGAACGUAGAUGAAAGAGUUGAAUAACAGAUACUUCACAAUGAGACAAUAAGCCACGUGUCCAAUGACAUGUUAAAUAGUAAAAGAUCACGACUAAACAACAGAACAGCAGAGAUAAUCAUUGUAUGGAUAGUUUUGAUGCUUGUCAUCUUGAUUCUGGCCCAGACUAGCAUGAAGAAUUUAACUUACUCACACUGUAAAAUUGAAAAUUUGGUUGAAAACAAUGAAAUAAAGAAGAUAAAGUUGCUCCUAUAA